UUAUAGAUAAUCGUUUAAUUCAUAGAAAUUAUUUUCGAACGAUUUUAUAUUUAGUUUUCCGUUUAAACAUUUUUCUUCGGCAAUUACGUGCUUACAUAGUCUGUGAACUUAUCAAAUAGGGUCAAAGGUAAUGAAAUCUUGAUAAAGUUCAAUUCGUUGGUGAGCGAAAUUUCUUCUCAGUGACGGGUUUAAAAUUAUUGAAAGAUGUUCGAAUAUCUUUUAAAUGUUAUAAAUUGGUUUAUAAAGAAGUUGUAUCAACCAUGUGAUCCGUCUAGUUUAGCUGUGAUAAGGAUUCUUUUUGGAUUUUUAAUGGCGAUUGAUAUAGUUGAGGAAAGAAGUGGUGGAAAUAUCGAUAUUAUAUGGGGUGAACCAAAAAAUUGUCAUUUCCCAUUAUUUCCUUUUAUUCGCCCGACGUCACUACAAUAUAUUAGUAUACUUUAUGGAAUUAUGUGGAUCUUUGGGAAUAAUGUUGGGGUUUAAAUACAAGUGGAGCUGUUUAAUGUUCAUUAUUCCAUAUUGGUACAUU